AUGCAACACAUUCAGCUAGUUGCGAAGAGGAUCGGGCCGUUCAAGAUUGAGAUGAUGAUUAACCAGAAUGUGGCCAAGAUUACUCUCCCUCGAGCACUCCUCAAGUUGCACCCGAGCUUCAACAUCGAUUUGUUAAGCCACUUUGUGCCAAACCCUGUGCGGUUUUACAGUAGACCGGUGCCAGAAUCAGUACCGGUGAAACUUGAUGAAGCCACCGGUGACGAGUUGCACAUUGUGGAAGCGCUUGUCAAAAAGCGCAUGGUUAGCAGACAACCAGAGUGGCUCGUCCGGUGGCAUGGACUUAUAUAG